CUGAAAAAUCGUUCCAUUUUUGCAGGAUUUAUUCUACAGAAUGGUGGUGUUGUGCCGCCAUCGCUUCUCCAGGAAGGCCGUGUACCGCGUUUCUAUCACGAAGCAAUUGCACGUUGCGGUGCUGCAACCCCGUCACAGUUGCCCAAUACGGGAUUGGUUUAUAAUUUGAUGGUCACAUCACGUUUGCCACGUGCUAUACUGGGCAAUAUAUGGUCACUUGUGAAUCGAACUUUACCCGGACAACUUACCCGCCAGGAAUUCUUCUCAUGCCUCGCGCUAAUUGCCUUGGUACAGAAGGGUCAACCGCUUUCGGCGCUUUCAACGAUGACUUCAUUGCCAAUUCCUCAUCUCCAGGCAUGUGCCCCAAUGGCCCAGUAUCUGCCCAGGCCUAACGUGAAUUCCCAGAAACAUGAGCCAGGCCAUCCGCAAACUGCUGCAGCAGCACCGAAUGCAUCCAACAACCCCGCCGCAGCAGGAGCUUCAUUGAAGUCGCCUCAAACAACCGUCGUAGCCACGUCAAAUUCACUAUCGCUGCUCUCGGAUAUCAAUUUUUCG